GCCCACGCCCACGCCCAGCGCAUCAGCAACAAACCCUGCCAUCAACCCCCCCCCGAAACCUGUCCACAUCUAUGACAUUGUGCCUUGGCUGCUACGGUGCUCAUCACUGUCAGUGUCCUGUAUCCCCCGGGGCCUCCCAAAUAAGCAACCAUGGUUCGUGACGGCAGAGACGCCGACGAUUCUUCGGCAACGAACCAAUCAAGGCGCCCUCCUCUCAAUCACCACGAGAGCGAUUCAACAAACAGCGACCAAGCUCACCGAGACCACCAUCAUCAGCACCGCUCCAAGCAGAAGCACGUCGUCGGCACCGGCCGCCUACACGCACGCGUCCCCUCCUCCAAGGCAUUACACAAGCACCAUGGCUCUACUGCCUCCAAACUGAACCACCGCCGACACGCAUCCCCCUCACCCGAUCGAAAUCGAGCAGCCGCCGCCGCCGGUCAUCGUCGAGUCCAGUCCGAAGCGAAGCUUUCCCACGACAGUUCUUCGGCAAACCUCGGCAAGACCGCCUCCGCCGCGAGUUUGCGCCGCAACAAAUCCCACAGCGAAGUGAACAAGCCCGCCAACAUCAAGUCGUCGGAAAAGCUCAAAAGGACGGGCUCGAACCCCGCUGUCAGCAAGGUCAAGUCGCAAAAGUCCCAGGUACACUUUGAUCUGGGCAACGACGGACAGGAAGACGAUUGGGUCGACGCCAGCACCUCUGCCUCUCCCUACCUGUCAAGACGAGGAUCCUUGGCCAGCACACAGGCCUCGGCCAAACCCGACGACAAUAGCAGCGCGAACAACAGUGUCAACAACAGCAUAAACGACAGCGCACAUAACAGCGCAAAUAACAGCGCCAACAAUUCGAGAGCAGAUGCCCCCGCGGCGCACCCAUCAAUCCCAGCUGCGGUGACUCCCGACUACGACACUGUCCAGCACAAGGAGUAUCUGACUUCGAGACUGCUCCAACGCAUCCCAUCACACGGCGCGCCUCCAAAGAUGACGACAGAUACCGUCACGGCCUCACGGCGGGGCGACUCCCGCUCCCCCGACCCAAUCGGCCGCGGUUCGACACUUGCCGAGUCGCAUAACGUCAGCACCUUGCCCAGCUCCGGCGACGAGCUUAUUUCGAGGUUCGUCAACGCCGGAAGCUCUGGCGCCGCCCGCGAAGGGUCCUUUUACCAGAUCCCCACGCCGCGGCCGGCCAGCCUCAGGUCAGAAGCAACCCCCCCGCGGAGGCCGCAGUCCUCCAGCUCCGGACGCCCAGGGCGGCAGGGAAGAUUGCGAGACCUACCGCUGUCGGACGAUGAGGCAGGUGAAGUCGGUGGAGAGACUGACGGCACAGCGCUCGCGCCACGGUCGGCAAGGCGCUCCGCCCCGCCGGCCGAGAAAUCACGCACGCAGCAGAAGCUCAACCUGCAGCGGGCCAGCUCCGUCAUCGAACCCGGACAGGCGGCGGGAGGAGGCGUGGGCGCGGUGGGCGCGAGUCCCCUGGUUGGCAUUGGGGGGCCGGGUUACGACGGCGGAGCGAGCCGCGACCCGCGCGUCACGAAGCAACUGGAGAGAACGGGGAUGGAGUACCUCAGUGUCCGCAGGUUCCAGAACCCCGUGGUGCGCUCGCUCGACCGUCUCGUUCAGGUGAACCGCGCAAACAAGAACCAGCGCAUACCCCGCACCGGCACCGCCAACGGCAACGGCAAGGCCGCCUCGAUGCGUGGAGGCGUCGUACCGGGACAGCAGCAGCACAUGCGGAACUCGAGCCUCAACGAGUCGGCGCUAGCCGCCGCUUCUGGCGGCACUGGAUCCGCCCGGAGACCGGUGACGCCCCGCGCCUACUCCAUCCGGACCAACGGCGCCGGGUCUAGCUACGAGGCCGACCACGACGACCACCAGAGCAGCCGGGCCCUGCACGAGGGAACCGGGGUGCAGGGACUGAGCGGGUCGAGCCUGGUGGGCGGCGAGGAGGACGAGAGCGUCACGGCGCUCCUCCGCAACUUGUGGGAGAAGAACCCGGACCUGAGCGCCAGUCAGGAGUAGGGUGGCCUGGCUGACCACAUGGGUCAGGAAUUGUUUCCAUUCAACUAGAUGGGGUGUGGGCGGUCAACAAAACAAAAGGGACGUAAGAAAAGAAAGAAAAAAGCAGACAAAGUACAACCCGUCGGGUUUAAUCAGUUGCAACACAUGCCGGCGCCGCCUCAGGUGCUGAUGAUCCAAGGCUGUUUCUUCUUCUUCUCGGACCCCUUUCUUUAUCGGCCCAUCCUCUGGGCUGUGAAGACGGCGUGUGUUUUCAACAACGGUGCACUACGUCACGGCUCAAACAGGAGAAGCAUGCUCUGUGGGGGGCCAGGUGCUCUCUCUGCUGGUGGAGCAGCAGAACUGACUCUCUUGUGUGUGUGUGUGUGUGUGUGUGUGUGCGUGUGCGUUAUUCGAAUCAUCUACGAAGCCCAAAUUGCAAAAUUCUGC